CCCGAGUCACCCAGCGGGUUAGAAAGCAGGCUAAACCGUUUGGUUUGGAGGCGCUCCGCCCUCACCAUCAUCAUCUAACAGUGUAGACUACUAUCAUCAUCGACUCAUAUGCGGAGAGUGAGUCAGGCUAGUAGUAGCUUGACAGUAGCCUUUUCCACCUAAACCCAAGCGUCAUGUCGGGCAAAUAAUAAUGAGCUCGUUGAGAGGUUACCAAGUGACUCGGUGCGAAGCGAACAUGAGAACAGUUUAGGACAAGAUGUGAAGACCAACGGGAUGGCAGUUAACGGGGCAAAAAAUGAAGCAACGGUACUUUGGUUGACAACUUACGUAAACCGUUUGGUCUGUGGCUUGCUUAGCUAGCUAACGCCGCGAGCCCACCCCGGUUGACUCUGUGUAACGUUAGGACUUCGAAGACAGACAGAGCUGUGUUGAUUUUUUUUGAAAACUCAAGCAACCUCAGAAGCACACCAGAAGACAACACACAGAGUGGCUUGUUUCAAGCAGCACAUGGCCUGUAUUCUGCUGACAGACAUGGAGCCACCCAUCUCCGGCCCCACAGCACAUCUUAAUGGCCUCCUCCCUGACCUUGACCCAGCCACUGCACUCGACCCCAAGCAGGACACGGAUGGCACCUGCCUCACUGUCCACCUUUACUACCCGGGGAAGGAUGGAGGAGGGGCUGGUUCCAAAAACGGUUCAGAAAGUGCGCUCACGUUUCCACCUGGGGAGUACGUAGCAGAGGAACUGUGCAUCAGUGCAGCGAAAGCAUGUGGAAUUGCUCCAGUGUACUGCAACUUGUUUGGCCUGAUGAGGGAAAGUGACCGGAUAUGGUUCCCUCCUAAUCACAUCUUUAAACUGCAGCAGCCAGCCAAUGAGAGCCUGCACUUCAGAAUCAGAUACUAUUUUCCUGGCUGGUAUAACAGCGGAAAUUCAUUGUAUGCCCAUCGCUAUGGUGUGUCCAAGGUGACGGAGAGCUCCGUGAUGGAUGAUUGUGUCAUGGCAUACCAUUUUUUUCAGAGCCGUAGUGACUUUCUAAGUGGCUGGGUUCAUAUUCCGGUGAGCCACGAGGCCCAGGAGGAGUGUCUGGGCAUGGCGGUGCUGGACAUGAUGAGGCUCGCCAAAGAGAAUAAUCAGUCACCUGUGGACAUCUACAAUUAUACCAGCUACAAAUCCUUCCUGCCGAGAUGCAUGCAAAGCCGCAUCCAGGAAUAUAACAUCUUGACGCGGAAGAGGAUCCGCUAUCGCUUCAAGAGGUUCAUCCAGCAGUUCAGUGAAUGCAAGGCCACGGUGUGUAACCUUAAGUUCAAAUACCUGAUGAGCCUGGAGAUGCUCCUACCCUCCCUCUACUCUGAGCGCUUUCAAGUCACUGACCUCUCUGCACGCGAGGUUACCAUCGUUGUCAUGGGCAACACGGGCAUCCAGUGGUCUAAAGGGAAAGAGGAAGAGGGAGCAGAGGAGGAGCUACAAACAUACUGUGACUUCCCAGAGGUGAUCGACAUCAGCAUCAAACAGGCCAAUAAGGAAGGCUCAGUGGACAGUCGCAUAGUUACCCUCACCACACGGGACAACCAGAUCCUGGAACUGGAGUUCCAUUCACUCCCAGAGGCUCUGUCAUUUGUAUCUUUAGUUGAUGGGUAUUACAGACUGGUUGCAGAUGCUCAUCACUAUCUGUGUAAAGAGGUGGCUCCACCAAGACUUCUGGAGUGCAUUCAGAGCUACUGCCACGGCCCUGUGUCGAUGGAGUUUACGAUUGGUAAGCUGCGUCGCUCUGGUAACCACCAAGGCCUGUACAUCAUUCGCUGCAGCCCCAGGGACUACGACAAAUACUUCAUAUCCUUUGUGGUGGGGCAUGAUACUAUGGUGGAGUAUAAGCACUGUCAGAUUGUGAAGACGGAGUCAGGAGAGUACAGUCUGAGUGGUGCAAAAAGGAGCUUCAGCUCACUCAGGGAACUUCUGCACUGCUACCAAAAGGAGGCGCUGCGGACUGAUGGAUACACAUUCCAGCUGACCAGUUGUUGCUCACCCAGCUUUAAAGAUAAAUCCAACCUGGUGGUGUGCAGAAAUAAUCAAGGGGCAGAUGUUCCACUGUCUCCUUCGCUCCACAAACACAACAUCAGCCAGAUGGUCUUCCACAAGAUCCGAAAAGAGGACCUCGUCAUCAAUGAGAGUCUUGGCCAAGGAACUUUCACCAAGAUCUUCUGCGGUGUGAGGAAGGAGCUGGGAGACUACGGAGAGAUACACCAGAUAGAUGUUGUUAUCAAGAUCCUGGACAAGGCUCACCGCAACUAUUCAGAGUCCUUCUUUGAAGCAGCCAGUAUGAUGAGCCAGCUCUCCCACAAGCACAUACUUCUCAACUAUGGCGUGUGUGUUUGUGGCAAUGAGAACAUGAUGGUGCAGGAGUAUGGUAAAUUUGGUUCCUUGGACACCUACCUGAAAAAGAAUAAAAGCUGUGUUAACAUCACCUGGAAGCUAGAAGUGGCCAAGCAGCUAUCCUGGGCUAUGCACUACCUGGAGGAUAAGAGCCUCAUUCAUGGAAAUGUUUGUGCCAAGAAUGUUCUUCUGAUCAGAAAGGAGGAUCGCAAGACGGGCAGCCUGCCCUUUAUCAAACUCAGUGACCCGGGUAUCAGCAUCACCGUGCUGCCCAAAGAAGUUCUGGUGGAGCGUAUCCCAUGGGUGCCCCCUGAAUAUAUUGAAAACCCCCAAAACCUGAGUUUAGCCACAGACAAGUGGGGCUUUGGGACCACCCUUUGGGAGAUCUGCAGUGGCGGAGACAAACCACUCAGCACCCUGGACUCCUCCAAGAAGAACUUAUUCUACGAGGACAGGCACCAGCUGCCGGCUCCUAAAUGGACAGAGCUGGCCAAUCUGAUUAACAGCUGUAUGGACUAUGAGCCCUCACACCGACCCUCCUUCAGAGCAAUUAUCAGAGAUCUCAACAGCCUCUUUAUACAAGACUAUGAGCUGCUGGUGGAGAGCGACAUGGUGCCCAACAGGACAAGAGGCUUCGGCUUCCCGUGGGCCUCCGAGAGCCAGGACCUCGCACAGUUUGAGGAGAGGCACCUAAUUUUUCUCAAGCUACUGGGCAAAGGAAACUUUGGCAGCGUGGAGAUGUGCAGGUACGACCCCCUGCAGGACAGCACAGGGGAGGUGGUGGCCGUGAAGAAACUACAGCACAGCACAGCCGAGCACCUCAGGGACUUUGAGCGUGAAAUCGAGAUCCUCAAAUCACUCCAGCAUGAAAACAUUGUCAAAUACAAAGGGGUCUGCUACAGUGCAGGUCGAAGGAACCUGCGGCUGAUCAUGGAGUAUCUCCCCUACGGCAGCUUGAGAGAUUACCUCAUCAAACACAAGCACCGCUUUGAUUCCAACAAACUGCUGCACUACGCAUCACAGAUUUGCAAGGGCAUGGACUACCUCGCCACUAAGCGAUACAUCCACAGAGACCUGGCCACGAGGAACAUUCUGGUGGAGAGCGAGAUGAGGGUGAAGAUUGGUGAUUUUGGUCUGACCAAGGUGCUGCCGCAGGACAAAGAGUACUACACUGUCAGAGAGCCUGGGGAAAGCCCCAUCUUUUGGUAUGCUCCAGAGUCGCUGACAGAGAGCAAGUUCUCUGUGGGAUCAGACGUUUGGAGUUUUGGUGUUGUCCUCUACGAACUCUUCACAUACAGUGACAAGAACUGCAGCCCACCAGCGGUAUUUAUGGACAAGAUGGGAAAUGAAAAGCAAGGCCAGAUGAUUGUCUACCAUCUGAUAGACCUGCUGAAACAGGGAUAUAGGUUGCCUGCUCCUGAUAAUUGUCCAAAGGAGAUUCACAAGAUUAUGACAGAGUGCUGGAGCAGUGAUCCGAGCCUGCGUCCUACUUUCAAGUCAUUAAUCCACAGUGUGGAGACUGUACGAGACAGCAAUGACGGAUGAGCCGCAUUGAACCCUGAACCUUUGACCUGUAGGUGUUGACCCGUGGGAGUCAGAACAAUGAAUGUCUUUGUGACGUCUUGGUUUACUGCAGUGAUGCAGUCACUAGUACUGAAGUAUACUUGUUUUUCGUUGGGUGCUCUGCAUUUCUGUCAGCCUAUUUAACAUUUACUCAAAUAAGGAUAAUUGGUACUUUCUUAGCAGUUUACCCACUUCUUUCUGUGAUGUAGCAGAUUCAUAAGUACACUACAUCUGACUCAAACAAAAGAUACAUCAGAUGCCUUUUAAGAACAUUUUAUUUUGGGAUAAAUUAUUUGUACAUGUUGUUUUACAAAUUUUAUUUGACUAUUCAUGGAGUGGAGCAAUGUAACUUGUGUUGAAUGUUUAAGCCUACACCAACUAGCAGCAUUUCUUUUGUUAAUGCUCAGACCUUUGAUGUUGUACUUUCACUGUUGUAAAAUGAGCAGAAACUUCUUUUGUUUAACCGAAGAGGCUGUGGGAAUCUCAGCAGCAGCAUCUGACUGCACACCUGAACCUCACUGCACUGCUCUUGUGUGCCCGGACUUUUAAAUCCUGGAAGUGAACAGGGAUCAUUCUGCUGACACCUAGACAGACUUGACUAGCUUGGUAGUUUUAAGAAGAUAAAAUACAGAACCAUAAAUGUAAAGCCCCAGCUGUCUUCUGUCACAAGGAUACCCAUUAUAAACACCGCUACAGGUGGUUUGGAGUCACAUUUCUGCUGUUUGAGUUUUACAACCUAUUUAUUGCUCAUUGAGGAUGAUUCUGUGUGUUUUCUGAGCUGAUGAAGCAGCAGCAGAAGCACCCAGAGUUCUUUUUUUUUAAUGGCGUUUGUUAUGAUUAUACAUUAUUCCACAUAAUAGAGGCCAGACUUUACACAAAAUCAACUGUUAUCUGUCAAAUACAUAAGAGACACAGCAAUAACUGCUCAGAAAUCUCUGUGUCUCUAGUAGUGUCAUAUCAUGGACAGUAUUAUUCUUUUUUUUAAACUGGAAGUUAUGUUUCCUUUGUUAGUAAUGGGUCUACAGUUUACAAAUACAGUGUUUUCAGUGUUAUAACGCUAUACUCUCUGCCUGUAGAUACCUUAUGUGAAAAGUUGAAGUUUAUUUUCUGAAGGUAGAGAAAAAAGUAAUGAAGGGAGAUGCUUUUAUUUUGCGGUAGCUUGUUGUUGCAAGAGAUGGUUUUAUUUAAAACUUCUUUGACUUUUCUUGAUGUCAUUAUUUUUCCAUCCAUUCAAAGUUGGUGUUUGUGUAUAUGUUGAAUAUGUGUAUGUGCUAGGAUUAUCAGACACCAAUGUAUCAGUGAUUACAAGUUUUUAUUUUAUUUUUUUUUAACCUUGUGUACGUUAUGUUACUAACUGAAGGAGGGGGGGUCAGUCAAUCUCAGUCCCUGUACAGAAUCUAAUCCGUGGAACAGCAUCUUUCCUUCUAAUUUUGAAACUUCCUAGGUUUUUAUGCCAUUAAAGUCAGGCAGUACACGCAUGCAUGCACAAAAUGUCCAAAGGAUGGAUACCCUCUUACAUCUCUAGGAUGAUUCACUGUAAAGACCAACGUUUUCUCACUUACAAACAGACAGUGUGUCUGUGAGCUACCACAGUCUGACCUCUGGGCAGUAUUACACCGGUCUGAAUGUUAUUUUUUCACCUGUGCAGGAGUCUGUUGUGAAUGGGAGAUUGUGAGUUUCUUCAGAGUUGCUAAAUAAUGCCAAGAUGGAAAAUGUCUUUUUUUUUUUUUUUUACUCAUACAAACAUUAUUGUGAUUGAAUGUACAUUGGUGUGUAAGACCAAAUAUGAUUAUUUUGUGAACUAUUUAUCAUUCAAAUCAAAAGAUUUCCAGCGAAAACAGGACUUUUAACUGGUAGUUAUUUCCAUUAAUUUCAAUUUGUUGAAGUUUGUUGACGUGUGAAUGACAUUAAACCUGGUUCUGUCAUCUGAUGGAAAUAUGCAGCUACCUUUAAUACAUUUAUGUGUAGAUAGAUGUAAAUAGUGAGAGAUAGAAAUGCAAGUAUAUUCCAGGUGUAUAUACUUUUAUUAAACAAAACUUGCAGUACUAUGGACAUGAAAAUCGUACUUUUUUAAUCUAAAUGUGGUUUGCUUUUCAAAUAAAGCUUCAUCGUAUUGUAUCAAAGAG